AUGAAGUCUGCCGUUCUGGUCCUCGCUCUGGCGUCGCUUGCCGCUGCCAGCGCGGAGCUUAAGAUUGAUGUCACCAGGAAGGUCAAGUGCGAGCGCAAGACCCAGAAGGGCGACCAGGUCAAGAUGCACUAUCACGGCUCCCUGCAGAGCAACGGAGAGAAGUUUGAUGCUAGCUACGACCGUGGACAGCCCCUCGCGUUCAAGGUGGGCAGCGGUCAGGUCAUCAAGGGCUGGGACGAAGGUCUUCUAGACAUGUGCAUUGGAGAGAAGCGUACUCUCACCAUCCCCCCUGAGUACGGAUACGGCUCGCGUGGCAUUGGCCCAAUUCCUGGUGGAGCCACUCUCAUCUUCAAGACCGAGCUCGUUGGGAUCGCCGGCGUCGAUACCCCCAACCCCGAGGACAUCGAGGUAGAGGAGGAGAAGGGCGAGGAGAAGAAGGAGGAGGCAAAGGAAUCUGAGGCUCCCAAAGAGACGGAGGCCAACGUUGCCGAGAAGGUUCAAAGCGUUGCCUCCGAGGCUGCGGAGGCUGUCAAGACCGUCAUUGCCGACACUGAUGACCCGGUCCACGGGGAGCUGUAA